GGAAGCCCAUCUUAAAAUAUUCCCUUCAUCAUCUAAGCACUUCUAAAAUUAAACAGCUGCGUUGUCCACUUGCCUAGAGGCCUACUGAACCUUUCCCUUGCAGUAUCCCACGAUGUCGACUGGAGAGUUUGCUGGCGGCUUACUCGAUUUGUCGUAUGAAGAUUUUACGAAAAUUCAAAUGCCUCUUUACCAUGGCCCUACAGUUAAGAUAAAGAUCGGAGCCGCAACAUACGACGUCUCCAAGUCGCUUAUAUGCAGACACUCGCCGUAUUUUGCUGCAAUGUUCAAGGGGAAUUUUAAAGAAGGGGAAGACCAAUCAGCAGUGCUAGAAGAGGUUGAAGGAGUUGUUUCAAAUAGAAGCUUUCAAUUGCUUCUCCAGUGGUUAUACCUUGGUCGGGUUAUUCUUGGCAAAGAAUCUCCAGCAGAGUGGAUAUCUGCUAUGAUUGAACUCGCAAGACUCGCAGACAUGCUAAGCAUUGAUAACAUGGAGUCGCCGAUAACUGAAUAUAUCCAAUCAACUAUUUUGGCCAAUCCUCCCCCAAACAAUAAUAUUUGUUUCAGAGACCCCAAUACAAAUGUCCACCACAUCACUCCUGGGAAUGUUGACGCAGCGAGUCAUUUACCUAAGGAACACUCGGUUCGAAUGCUACUUGUUAAAGCAGCAAUAGAUGCGUACCUACACUGCGAUGACUUUAAAUUCUCCGAAGAACUUCGAAACGUACCAGAUUUUGCAGCGGAUAUUCUAGGGGAGUUGAAGAUAGCUCUUCAAAGCGUUACGCUCGGGAAGUAUACACCUUGCCACUUCAAGGACCCUUUGAGCGGGAAAGAGCUACGCUUUCUUGAACACGCCAAAGUAUCCCGUUAAGUUGAAUGUGGCCGCAUGUGGCCUACCUCGAGUUGCAUGCCACGAGUAGGUACUGCCUGAUAGUAAUUUAUGACUCUAAGCCUUGAAAUAUUCAUCCUACCGUAUCUCACAUGGUCUGAAGCUCAGUGGUGCUAGUAAAUAUCCG